AUGGAAGCCCCGCCGGAGGACGAGACUGCCGCGGGGACGAAGGGAGCGGAGCCCGGAGAGGAGCCGAGAGCCUCGGAGGAAGCCGUCAGGUUCAUGUCCGGUGUUGAGCCGGCGGAGCUGCUGCAGUGUUGUGUUUUUCCAGACUCUCUGGUGACGGUGUCCGAGGGUGGACGACACCUGGGGAAGUUCAGCGUGACGGUGGAGUUUGCCCGUAGAGUCGAGCAGCCCUGUGUGCUGCUGCACGCUCAGAGCCAGGGAGCCAUCGAUGACUCCCCCUGUGGGACCACGGUGACCGCCUACCUGUCCACGGAGCUGGAGGUGCUGGAGGAAGAUUAUCAUGAGUACGUCAAGCUCGAGGGCCACAGUUUGGACAAGAGGUGUCACAUGGUGCAGCGUGACGGGCAGAUGGUGAUUGAUAAAGUGACCACUGUAGGGGAGGAGACGACGAAGGAGAGCGUUUCUUAUCCCGUGUCUGUGCUGGGAGGACUGGUCACCGAGGGGUCCAGCUUGCUGCUGAUGCGCCUGAUCGCUCUGAGGAAGACGGUGCCAGAACACAUGACCUUCAUCGCCUUCGACCAGGGAUUACACAUCAUCCACACCACCUUUAGUGAGCUGGGUCCGAAGCAGCUGGAGGUCGGAGGUGAGUGCGUGGAGGUAUUUGGGGUGGAGAGGGUGGUUCGCUCUGCGGAGGACAGCCCCACUACCUGGCAGUGCUACUUCCUGUCUGAUGGACACUUGGCGAGCAGAGUGCAGGUGGGAUCUCCGGUCACCAUGAGGCUUCUGCAGCUGCCGUCACAGCCGGAAAAAGGUUUUGAGAAGAUCCCUCUGGUUUGGGAAGAAGACAUGCAGAUGCGCUCCAACUUCUUGGACAGAAAGGAGGAGCUGAAAGCGGACCACGCCUCGUACCUGAGACAGCACCCAGAGGUCCGUGCCCUCGUAUCUGACUUCCUGCAGUUUUUGCUGCUGAGAAAACCAGAAGACAUCUUCCAGUUUGCCAGAGAGUAUUUCCUCCCUUUUGCCUCCCGCCGUCCUCCAGAACCGAGCCCAGAAGCCCAGUCUCACUGAGAGCAGGGCUCAGAAGCCUUUAUUUUAUUUAUUUUUUUAGUAGUUAUUCAUCCUUUUAACUAUAGAUUGAUUUUUUUUUUAAUUGCAUAUGAUUGCUUCUUUUUUUUUCUGCGUGACAGAUUAUUAAUAAUAUAAAGGAAAUAUGGUAAUGAACAAUAACUUUGAAACCUGAGCUGUGAUCCGGCUAUAAAAAAAAGGUUAUAAUAAAGUAGUGCCUUUUAUAGUGUUUCCAAUUUAAUUUAAGUACUCUGUCGAUCUUAUCUGGUCAAAGCAGGUAAAGGUCCCGUGUCAACUGUGCCUGAUUAGACUCACAGUUUAAACUCUUGAGCUCUGAGGUCACUACUUUGAAAAAAAAAAAAAAUCUAU